AUGGAGACCCCCGGCCAGAAGAGGAGCACCCGGAGCGGGGGCACCUCGAACCCGCUCUCGCCGGCCCGCAUCACCCGCCUGCAGGAGAAGGAGGAUUUGCAGGAGCUGAACGACCGCCUGGCCAUCUACAUCGACAAGGUGCGCUCCCUCGAGUCCGAGAACGCCGGGCUCCGGCUGCGCAUCACCGAGUCCGAGGAGGAGGUGAGCCGCGAGGUCACGGGCAUCAAGUCGGCCUACGAGGCGGAGCUGGCCGACGCCCGCAAGACGCUCGACUCGGUGGCCAAGGAGCGGGCGCGCCUCCAGCUGGAGCUGAGCAAAGUCCGCGAGGAGUUCAAGGAGCUCAAGGCCAGGUAGGGCGCCCGGGAAGGGGCUGGCUAGGGGCGCUCGCUCAGGGACCCGGGGUGGGGGUGGAGGGAAGCCUCCUUGGUCCAAACAGCGUUUUCUCAGCCCCCCCCCUCAAAAAAGAAAAGAGAAAAUCCCAUACACACCUCUGCACGUUUUGGAGUACCUAGUCAGGAUUGCGUCAAAAGCGUAAGCCCAGUGGAUGGUGGCCCACAAGGAUUUUGGGCAGGGACCAAAGCGGGCAUGGAAGCUGGCAGCCAUCAUAUGAGCUGGGAGGGCAAAGAAUGUCAUUCUCCAGCUGGGAAGACUGCGACUCUGUUGUGGGCAGAGGAGGAGGCGGCAUAUUCUUCCCCAAGCCCACGUUCAGGCUUGACAAUGAACACUUUCUUUUCCUCUUUUGUGGGCAAUUGGUUGUGCGGUUGGCAUUGUGGUAUCUGUCGCGGCUGCCUGGAAUUCCCAGUUUGGCAGUGGAAAGUUUACCUCUGUGGUAUGUAGCCAGCAUAUCUUAAACAAUAGUUGGAUGGAUUCCCCAAACUUAGAAAGGGAGCUGGGGACAAGGACCCCAGCUUUAUUCUCCUUGGCACUGUAGCUGUGUUCUGUUCAGAAUAUCUUGGAGUAAUCAGAUUUAUUUUUAAAACUGUCUUAAAUUUCCACCAGUGGCCAUCAAAAUUAAUAUUUUGUAUCCAUGUCCUGGUUUUGGGUGCAUUGGGGAGCAAGCACAGUGGAUGGCUUUGGUGCCGGCAACGAGGCCACCCACAAUAGUCUCCUUUAAGAUUUCAUAAAUUGCCCCCUCCUUGUGUUGACUAGAUUAAGGGGUCCUCAGUGUGGUGCUCUCCAGAUGUUUGACUCCAGCUCCUGUCAGCCCUAGUCCGCAUGGCCAGUGGAGAGGAACAAUGGGUGUUCUAGUCCAAGAACAUCUGGAGGGCACCGCGUUGCCUAUCCCAUUGAAAUGAAUGGGCAUGGCUAAGGUGGCUCCAUUCAUUUCCGUGCAUUUACUCUGAGUAAGGCUUGGUUGAAAGCAACUCAAGCUGGCUUAAAACACAGCUGGGUCAUUUGUUUUCUCAAUUUGGAGCCAAGCUGGUUUUGGGGAAAGCGCAUUAAAAUGCAAUAUUUCACUAGAAACGUUAGGAUAGAUAUGGAUUGUGGCUCGUGUUGUGUGCACACCGCUUCCCUUAGCAGCUAGGAGCGCAUUGAGUGCAGACUUGAAUGAGAGUGUGUAUACACAGCUUAGUCUCCACUCCAAAUUGGGCAAGGACUAUUUGUGUAUGUGGUUGUCUAAUGAAUUGUCUGAGUGGUUUGCCAAAAACCUCUGUGUGGCAGAUCACCAUUGGGUUUGGGGGCCCCAGGAAAUGUCAGCAAGCUCUUGGGGCAGACUGUGGGAUAGGUGCUUCUCUUAUCAAGGCACACCCUUCAUUCUCUUGGAGGAUUCCCUGGCUUAGCAAGUUGUAUCUUCAGUAGAACCAAACUAUGUUUGCUGCUCUGCUGGUUGGAGAGGAGAACAUUCCGUUCUGAAGUGCCCACCUAUGACCACUUUUACUCAAGCUGAACCCUUUUCCAUCCAGGGGUGCAUCUGAUUUAACAAACUGCUUGCUGAAUUUGCGCCCGUUCUGACCUUCAUUGUCUCCGUUUUACAUUUUUCCUACGCAGCCUUUUCUGUGUUGGCUCAAAUAGUCGAUUCGGGUGUGGUGGAGGAAUUAUGCGAUUAUAUAUUUUUUCCACUCCGCUCAUCCUAAAUUUCUGCAACUGGAAUAAAUUGUGCACAUUGGGCAGAUUGCGCCACAUGCUUAGUUACUGUGCGUUGGCUGCAUUUUUGUGGUGGGCCCGGGGGUGGGGAAUGCAUCUCCUCCACAUUUCUUAGGCAUGUGCUGGAGAAUGUGAGUUCAGACUUGCAGAGAAACAGGCUGUGCAGAGGGGAAGACCUGGUGGUCAUAGCAAAGGAGCAGGAACUAUAGCCUAUAGUCCUCCCCCCCCCCCCCACUUCCUCACAACCUCUAAUUUCUAAAUAGUUUUUUGUGUUCUCUCAGUGCUGAGUUUUGUUAUGGUUUUGUUUUUUGUUUUUUUGCUCUUGAACCAGAAGGACUGGGAACUUCAAAACUCAACAUGGGGUUUUUUUGUUUUAAAAGAACCAAGGUGCAGCUGUAGUAACUGUGUUCUGCCCUGCAUGGUUUGAUAGUGCUGUGCUUGCAUGCUGAACAACUGUACCCUCUUUCCUCCUGCCUUCCCUGCCAGUAUUCGGCUUCAGGAGGUAACUGAACUCUGAUAGGCAGCAGGGAGUGUGGAGGCUACAGCAGCCUUAUGCCAAAGUCUGCAGGCCAGUCUCAUUUUACUACAGCUUUUGGCUUUGCUGUGGCUUCCUAGCCUUCUCUGCUGAGAAGCCUUAGAAGUGAGGGCGGGCGAGGCGAGUCAUUGGGUCCUUUCUGAGUAAAUUGCAGAGUCCCUUUCCCAGAAAUAAUGCCUUUUGCAGAUGCCGCCUGCAUGCAGCUCAGUUUUAUAUUUAACCUGCAUGUGUCCCAUUGCAGAUCCCGCUUUAGAUAACUUUGUGCUCAUCUCAAUGGCAAUGCGAGCCUGUCUCCAUUUAGAUCCUGGGUCUGUUGUGCUAUGUGUGGCAGAAUCAUUUGAAAAGGCUGCAGCAAUAGGUGCUGAGCGGCUGCUCUUUAUGUGGGCAUGGGGGGGGGGGAGGCUGCAUUCCCCACCACUUGCGAGUGCUCCAUAAAGCACUUCAAAACCAAGCCUGAACAUAAGUUUCAUAAUUGCAUGCAUGUAGCAUACCAGGAAAAAGUUGCAGAUUACCCAAGAUAACCUUCCCCAGCCUGUUUCACCCUCCAGAUGUUUUGGACUACAACUCCCAUCAGCCCCAGUCAGUGCAGCCAUUGCAGCACCAAUGGGAGUUGUAGUUCCAGACAUCUGGAGGGCACCAGCUGGGGAAGGUGGGUGAAUCUGCCUUGCCUCAGAUUACCUCUGAAGUACUCAGAUGAACUUCCCAGGUUGUGACUCAAGCUCCCUGGGUGGCCUUGCAGCCCAGACCCACAUGCGUUUAAUUUUCACAUCUAAGCCCCAUUUAUUUCAGAGGGGUUUGCUCCCAGCUGUCUGUGCUCAGAGCUGCAGCCUUAGUUGGUCUUUAGCUUGGUCCCUCAUCUGCCAAAUUGGGAUGAUAGGCCAAUAUUUCUAUCUGAUAAGGCUGUGCUGCAGGUUAAUAAAACAAUGUCUGCAAAGCAUUUUACAGAUUUGAAAUGCACUGUGUGAAUGACAACUGAAAUAAUAAUAAUAAUAUAAUAAUAAUAAUAAUAAUAAUAAUAAUAAUAAUACUACAGUGGUACCUCGGGUUAAGUACUUAAUUCAUUCCGGAGGUCCGUAUUUAACCUGAAACUGUUCUUAACCUAAAGCACCACUUUAGCUAAUGGGGCCUCCUGCUGUUGCCGCACUGCCGGAGCACAAUUUCUGUUCUCAACCUGAAGUAAAGUUCUUAACCUGAAGCACUAUUUCUGGGUUAGCGGAGUAUGUAACCUGAAGCGUAUGUAACCUGAGGUACCACUGUAAUAAUAAUAAUAGUCAGAGACAGAGACAGGGCAAGGAAUGGUUUGCAGUUAAUUCCACCCAAGUUGCCGCAGCGCAAGGGUUUUUGCUGGCUUGUUUGCCUGCAUAAACCCAUUCUUUCUGGCCAAGCUUUUAUAAAGACCUGCCUGGUCAUCUGGUGUUGAUUCCUGAUCACCCCAAGUGAGCUGUAGGACUUAAUAUCCCUUACUGCAGAGCUUCCAAACUUUUCAUGUUGGUGACACACAUUUUAGACAUGCAUCAUUUCGCCACACAGUAAUUCAGUUUUACUAGCAAAGCAGAGGUUAAACUAACCCCUUUCCAUCCCCGGGAGAAGCGCAGGGAGCUGCAUGUUCACUUGAGAAAUAGGAGGUAGGGACAUUACAGGUGUGUCUUUUAUUCUCCUCUGCCCCCAACCUGGUUGAAGAUUCAUCGGCAUUGGUAUGCUGUAGCUGAUAUGAUUCAUACUGCAAGCCUCAAAUUAUGGCUUGAUAACAGUUCGGUGUGUUUCAUGGGGCGUCUAACCACAGUUGCCACUUCUUUAAUAUGCCCCUGUGCUUAACUACAAUUUAAAUAAUGCAAAAAGAAACAGUUGUUGUCAACUGCAGUUGUAUGUUCUGUCGCUUUGCCUCUCUUCUGUAGCAGACAAACUCAGAGCAGCAGGAAAUAAUUUUGGAAGUCCCGUCUAGCUGCCAGGUGUCUGUUUUGUCAGCCAUUGUGCUGUGCCCCAGAAGCAGGCAGGCUUUGCAGCCCACGCGUUGGGUCUUGACAACUGUGUGCUUUGUACCACAAACAGCAGCACAUGGGGCCCUUUUGCACCUCCUCCCGUGGGGCGCCGGCUACCUGUCUUUCUGUUUCUGCAAGGCUGGUUGCAAAAGGUUUUCCUUUGCAAUUAACCUGUUUGCCUGCCUGCCUCGUCCGACAGCUCGGCAAUAGCGGUUGCCAGGGGAGGCAGCAAAUGUUUUGAGACUGCAAACAAGAGGCAGUGUGAGUCAGCCGAAGGGAAACUACAAUCAGGGAAACUACAAUCGUAAUUCAUUGAUUUCGAAGGACAAAUAGAAAUUCCCCGGUGGAGCGGGGGGGGGGGGGAGAGCUAGACAUUGCGUGGGGGUGAGGCGGCUGGAGGGCCCCGCCUGUGGUCGGAAGCAAAGUCCUCUACCUUGCGAGCUGUUCCCCUUUUAGUGGUAGCUUUACAAAGAUCAAAGCAUGCUGCGUGACAAAGUCUCCCCAUCUGUAACAAUUGUUUCCCCUUUGAACAUAUCGCUCGCAUUGGAGUCUUUAGAAUUCUUGAUUCACCAGCUUUCAGUUCCUUUCCGUUUGUACUUUCCACUUUGAUGUUUGGUGGUUAAUAAUAAUAAUAAUAAUAAUAAUAAUAAUAUCAUCAUCACAGUUUUGCAUUGCACUUGCCCUGUCUCAGGAAUGGAUUUUCUCUCUUUUUGACUGGCCUGUGGAUCCCCCUCGGGGUGACUUUUUAGUAGUUAGGGUGCCUUACUUGCAUUGCAUGCUAGGCCCCACCGAGUGCAACAGGGCAUACAUGUAGGCAUUCUUUACUAUCCAGGAGUACAUUAAUCAGGAGGCUGGGUGGAAACAGCCACUCGGUAUCUCUGCCACCCAGACUCGGCUUGCACCCUGGCGAGGCAACUAUCAGGAUUGUGCAGCUGGAUUUCUUCUCUUAACCGUUGUCCAAGACUCUUGUUUGAAAGCAGAGAGGCAAACAAAUGGUUCCCGCGGGUAGGAAGCCGGGUAGGAUGUGGUCUGUCUCUUCGAGGCUGGCGUUCCCCUAGUUUCUGAUGCUUUUGUUAGCUUUCUCCAGCUUAUCAUUGCGACCAUGAGAACCAGAAGCGAAUACAUCAGGACUUGGCGACAAGCACACAUUCUGGCAUUCUCCAUCAAGUAGCUGAGUGGAGAGGAGCCCACUUUAAUUUUUCUUACCUUUUUGCCACUGCCAAAUCAGUUGGGUCUUGGGGGUCUGCAUCAGGCCUCCCUCCUAGGUGAGAGGUUAGCCACCCUUGCCAUAAUCAAUAGCCCAUCAUAACUUUGAUCAUGUUGAAAUAUCCACCUGUGCCAGGGCGCAAAUGGGAGACAUCCGUCCCAAUUAGAGUGCAGUGACAGAUACACAGCGGAUCAUGCUAGUUUUUAACCUUUAAUUUUUGACUCGGUAAAAAAAAAUAAGCUUCUUUGCAGCUCUUCCCUAUAACAGCAGAUAGUCUCCCCAACUCUCUUGCUUACCUUAACACCACAAUGCACCACACACAGCCCCCCACCCAUUCCUGAGAUCUUCCCUGUGGCCACACUGAUCUUCCACUUCUUUAAAGUAAUUCCCACCCCUGCAACAUUUCUUGACAGACCCUUCCCCUUUGGCGACAUCGCCAUUCAGGCAGAAUAGCCCCCUUGAGCAGUGGCUGGCGAGGGAGGUAACUAGGACUCCCAAACAGGCCAGUACAAGUCAUAUCUUGGCGAACCGCUCGCUGCCAGAGUUCUUGGUUGCCUAGAGAGUCAGACCAGCAGCUCAGUUGCUUAGAGCGUGGUGCUGAUAAUGCCAAGGUUGCAGGUUCGAUUCCCAUACAGGCUGCAUAUUCCUGCAUUGCAGGGGGUUGGACUAGAUGAUUCUCAGGGUCCUUUCCAACUCUACAAUUCUGUGAUCUAUGAUCUGUGCUGGAGGGCUGUGUUCUCGGAGGACUUUUGUCGGCACGUCCAGGUAUGAGCUACAAGAAAGGAACACAAGGAAGCUCCAAACAGCCAUAGGCUGAGUUGUCAUUAAACAGCCUGGAGAGAGGCCAGAGUUGCUGAGCAGGUUUGCUGCAGCAACAAAGCCCCUGUGGUUCUAAAGGAGCUUUGUAGUUAACUUGGUGGGGAGCAAAAAUUUGUUCAUGUAUGCUCAGAGGCACUUUUUCUUUGUUGGCAUGCUCUAUGCCUUGAGCCCUAACACUUGAAUCAGGUUCCAGGCUCCCCUUAAAUCUUAGGGCCAUGUGCACUGUACUUUGAAUGGCUUGUUCUAUUUGGUCCAAAGGCCCAGCCUUCUGUUUCCAGCAGUGGUUAGCCAGAAGCGUCCAGGGAGCUUCUAUGUUGGGCAUAAAAGGGUGUGUGGCUUCCCCUUGUCUAUCCCCAGCAUCUGAUAUCCAGGUAUAUUGUGCUCAUAUUAUAACCACUUGCUUGCUCACCUGUGGUGAGUAAGGAUUGUUUCCAGGUGAGCAGGCAAGUAAGUUUUACUAAACCUGAUGAAGCUGGCUGCUCCUCAACUCCUGCCCCUGUUUUCAGGCUGUCGAUUUUCCAGAAAUGCCUUAUGUUGGUAUGGGUGGGCAGUGAUACUGAAAUAAAUUGGCUUUGUAUGUAAGUCAGACUUUGACUUUUACCACCAAUUGCUGUUUAUCAGACCCUCCCCUAUGUGGCUUUGUUUGCUCAGCAUGAUGUAUGGAAUGGCCUGAAGCUUGGUGGUAGAAUACAAGUUUUCCAUGGUUCAACUGGGUCUCAAAACAGAAGUGGAACAUAGGAAACUUCCUCAUGCAGAGUCAGACCAUUGAUCCACCUAGCUCAGGGUUUCCCAAACUUGGGUCGCCAGCUGUUUUUGGACUACAACUCCCAUAAUCCCCAGCUUGCAGGACCAGUGGUCAGGUAUGAUGGGAACUGUAGUCCAAAAACAGCUGGAGUCCUGAUCUAGCUCAUUGUUGUCUACACUGACUGGGUAGUGGCUCUCCAGGGUUUCCAACAGGGCUCUUUCACAGCCCUACCUGGAGAUGCCAGGGAUCAAACCUGGGACAUGCAGACCACCGGAAAGCCAUCAUUGCUGCUGUCAGCCAGAAUAGACAAUUCCAGGCAUGGUGGGCCACUGACCAGACCUGAUAAGAGGCACCUUCUUCUGUUUGUCUUGGUUGCAUGUGUCACCUUUUUGCAAAAUUCUACCUGGAACGUGCGACAUUCUUUAAAAUGCAAUUACCUGCAACAGAUGUAAAAAGCGCAGGAAAGGCCCCAUAGCUUGUGGUUUGUGGGCAUGGGUGAGUGUCGCCAUUCUACAGGGAAGCUGAUCAGUGCAAGAUGCAUCCUUUCCCCUCUUGGGUAUCUGUAGCAGGUUAGAGCAACACUGAAUAAAUUUGAAUCAUACCCUGCGUGUACAAAGUUGCAUUUGUCUUUGCAAGUACCCUGCAAAGAGUUUAGGACUGGAGUGCAUGAUUUGGACAAGGCUGUCAGGAUUGGAACCUGCAUCUCUAUGUGCAACUCUUGGAUUCUAAUCUCCUCCCUGCAGUAAGAGUGAAUGGGUUUUAUGUGCUACGUACUCUGCCUUCCUAAAAACCUCACCGGGACGCAUGUUAAAAGCCAGGCAGUAAGGGAGCCUGGAAAAGUAUGAAAGCUAGGCAGCAGGGGAGCCUGGUAAAGGCAUGGCACUUCAAGGCUCACGCCAGUCCCCAGGCAGAAAUGGCUACAGAUCUUUGACAUGGCACAGACAAAGCCAGGGCAGCCCUGCACCCCUCACGUGUGCCUAACGGGUGAGGCUUCCCAUCAGCCCCUGCUCUCGGCAUCUUCUAGUGGGCCAAUGGGAACUAGGGAUGCUGUUGUGGAAGCUCUGGAUUGGCCACUCCAUAGAAACCAGCCAGCGGUUUGGAUUUGAAAGGGCGGAGCACAUGCUUGGCACUCUGUGCCAGAACCGUUUCUGACUCAUGGCUGUGGCCAACGCCCUUCUGCUCCGGCAAGAAGCGUUUAUUCCAAGGAUUUGGGAUUCUUGGUGGCUUGUUGCUGGCAAUCCAAGAUCCUGCCUGUUCACGUGCAGUUUUUAAGCAAGGUGGGUUGGUUGUUGUGUGUGUGUUUGUUGCCUCCAGUACCCCUUCUGGCGCCUCCUUCCUCAGAGAGGCGAAACGUGACAUUCAGCCAUAACAAUGGGCUUGGCGAAAUCUCUUUGCUGGCAGUUUGAAUCCAUAAUCCAAUGCCUUGAGUGCAUUCUGGGGCAGAAACAUGGCUGGUCAUGGGUGGGGGAAUUCAGCCGCUGAAAACCAAAUCCUGUGGAAAGAAAUGGUUCCCCUAUGCAAAACUUUGGUUUGGAUUGUGCAUUUCCUUCCCUCUUACAUGCCAGGAACCUUGACAAAAUAUCAUCCUGCCAUCACCAUACCACAAUGUUCGGAAGCUCCUGUUUGUGUCUCUUGUUUACCUUCCCUCGCAAAGCCUUGAUGCUGCCUAUUUAUUUUCAUGCCAAGAAUAAAUUCCUCGAAGCACUUAACUUGCCACCUUUUCAUCCCUGAGGUUUCUCUGAGCCCAGGGCCCCGUUCUCUUCCUUUAUAUAGACAAUAGAAUGAGGCUGCAUGUGUGCCAUUGGGCCAAGGCAUCACUCACAGGAGCCCUUCUCAGGUAGCUUCACCUGCCGCAGUUUCAGAACUUGCUCCCCCCAGGUUCUGUUACACCACUGGCAGCAAAGGGCCAUAGCUCUGUGGUAGAACAUCAGCUUCGCAUGCAGAAGGCCCCUGGUUUAAUUCCCAAGAUCUUCAGGUAGGUCUAUGAGAGAUCCCAGUCAGAAAACCUGGAAAGUGAAUGUCUGUUUAAUUUAACAAUGGAUCCAGUUUGCGCUUUGCUGAGAACAACUGCUGCUCCGAGACAAGGAACAUGAUAGUACCUAAUGCCUACAAUUGGUAUCAAUAUCUGCCCAGGAGUUGUUAAAAUAACACCUCUAUGUGAGUUAUAUUUGACACAUGGAAUGAAUGGGAAGAAGCAAGGGAGGUCUAGGAAGUUCCUUUGAAUUAUACAAGAAAAGAAAGAAAAGCACCCUUGGGAGGCUGUAACUUUGACUGGAGGAGCGGUAGGGUGAGGGCGAUGCUUAAUUUUUAUCCGAUUGGCUGCUGUUCUGCUCAUUCCUUCAGCCCUUCUUCCACAUGCCAGGGUUUCAGAUGCAUAUUUUAGCCCUAAGCAUUCAGCUGGAGCCCUGCAGGGGCACAAGCAGCCAGCGUAGGGGGCUAGUUCUUGGGGCAUGAAGGAACUGUGAGGAGAGGGUUAAGCAGCCCCUCCCCUGCUCUGCCUCCUGUUUGAUGCUGCUCUUCAUUUAAUAAUUCACCAAAGCCAUUAAGAAUUCAUUGUGACGCAUUUGGGUGCCAUGGCACUGCUUGCCCCUGAGUUACAGUGGUUCUGUAGCAAGUGUAAUAUGUAGUCUGCGUCCUCCCAACACAGUCAAUAAAAUUUAUUAGCUGGUACAGGAGCUACAUUAUUUUAAAAAGUUAACCUCCUGAAUGCCCCCUUCUCCCACACAUAGACAAAAUCAGGGUAGUUAUUUGUCCAUGACAAAUAGCAGGAAACAAGGAAACCAACCUUUUACUAACAAUAAUAGAGUAGUAGUAAUAGUAGUAGUAAUAAAUAAAAUAUACAAAAUAAAAAGCAGUUUGUAGCUCUCCCAGUCCUUGCCUGAGCAGCUUCCUCAAUGGCUCUUGGGUGGGGCUCUUGUUCAGAUCCUAAUUGAUUCCUUCUGCUUUCUUCCCCUUGCAUCCAAAACCACACUUUGGAACAGCCAGUUCUUUACCAGGGAUCUGCUGCCCUCACGUUUCAGCGGGUGAAGAGGAGAGAGGGGCCCGGGGUGGGGGUGUAGAGAGAGCUUUCUUGUGUUUCCUGACUCCUCCAUUCUUCAAAGCUGUGCCUAUUAACCUUCUCAGAGAGACAGAAAUGUCCGAGUGCAAUUCUUGAGAUCCUUUUUCAUUGCCCCUUUGGGUUGCAUCCACACUUACUAAGUUUUGCAGAAAGUGGGUCUUUAAUUUGUCAUCCUCGCUCUAAAAAAAAAUUAAUCCCAGCAUGGGAAGGGAGCUCAGAUCAUAGCCAACGAGUCCCUUAUUUUGACUCAGUAAUUCCAGAAGUUCAUUGAUUAUUCUCCAUCUUCUGUGUGGCCCUGAGAACAGAACAGUUGUUUUGGUUUCUGAGAGUCCCAGCUCCUUAUUAAAGCCAAGAUUGCAGUUCUCAUUAUAAAGGUGUGAAUGCAUUCAGACCGUUCUCCCUGGAAGUAUAAAUGUUGGAGGAGACAGGCUCGCCAGCAUUAUCUCGGGGCAGGUUUCCUCCCAUCGUGGUACCCUCAUCUUUAUCUCUCUUUAUUUGGAGAGAAGAACAGAGAGCUGGUGGAAUACCAUGCACUGCAUAUCAUGAGAUUUUGCUCCCACUUGCACAGAGAAACUUCCUGAGACCUCUGCUGAGUUUCAAAAAAGUUUGUUUUUAAAAAGCUUCCACCCUUCUUUGUUUGGAGAUGCUUGGAAGCACGCCAUGAGUAGUUUGCAAAAUCCUGAAAGUGUUGUGAACUGACAGCAGCUGCUUUUGUGUCACAUUUCUGCUACCUGCAACAGAUUUCCCCCAUAAUUAACAUGACACUGAAUUUGGAGGUUGGCAUUUGCGUGCGGAAGCCUGGGAGAAGCAGCUCAUCCCUCUGGGAUGUUUUGCAGCCUGCAAGGAGCUGGGCCCGAGACUCGCACUGUUGGCCAGCCCUUCCAGGUAAUCGUGCCUCCAGCUGCUUCUUUGUUUGAAUGGCUUGUGGGUCUGUUCUGCUCAGGAGGCUUAAUAGGAUGGGGAGCCAGCAUUAUAAUGGAUGACAGCUUUCCCCAACCUCACAUGCACCUCUAAAUGUUUUGGACCUCAACUCCCAUCAGCCUCAGCCAGCCUGGCUGUCCUUGUUGCGUUUGCUGGGAGUUGCAGUCCAGAACAUCUGGCAGGGGACACAGGUCCCCCAAUCUCUUCUAUAAUGGGACAUAUACUACUAGGACCUGGGAGACCAGGGGUCAAAUUGCUGCAUCUCAGCCUAACCUACCUUGCAGGCUUGCUCUGGGUAUCAAUUGAGGAAGGGGAAGAACCAUGAAUGCCACCUUGAGCUCCUUGGAGAAAAAGGUGGGAUACAAAUGCAACUCAUAAUAAUAUCACAUUGUGGGUGCUGCCAAGCAGGACAUGCUGGGGUCAAUAGGUUGGUCUCUUGGCACCUAGAACUAAAGAGGUGCACUGCCUCUGGACAAGGAGGUUCUACUCAUGGUGAAGGGUGGCUUACCUACUUGGAGCAGAAGGUAGCCAUUCCUAAGACAGUGUAGGCUAUGUAAGGGAAAAUGCAGGAAGACCAGUUUUCACCCCCACCCAAUAUCUGCAUCCUUUCAAAGGCAACAAAAAUGUUGUCUUUACCUAUUUCAGAGCUUUUGCCAUUCCUGCCCCAAACUGAUGUGAUUCUUUUUUCCCCCGUCCGUGGCGAACACAAGACGUUGCCUUAUAUGGAGUCAAACCAAGUGUCCAACUAGCUCAGUAAGGGCCAUACUGAGUCUCCAGGGGGACCUCCCCAGCAUUACCUGGGGCUUGAACCCGGGACUUCUUGCAUUCCAAAAGCUUUAUAGGGUUUUACAGAGCUCUCCCUCCCUUUGGGGUGAUUUCUUCCCCUGUGUGACGCAUGGGACAAGCAUGCUUCCUUCCCGCAGAAACAGACUCUGCUCUCUUGCUGGGUUUGAAUGAGCCAAUUGGCUGCAAGAGGCUCCCUUGCAGAAGUUUGAGCUCUCGGAGCGUGUUGAUUUUUCUUUUUCCACAUUGGAAAGCUCUUAAAGAGCGGUCUGGCUCUUGCGGAGUUGUGCAGAUGAACUGUCUCAUUUCUCCAAAGAGCCUGUGUCCACACCAUACCUGAAAAGCACCUUUAAAGUACCCGGCUUCCUCCAAAUAAUCUUGGCAAUUGUACUUUGCUAAAGGUGCUGGGAGCUGCAGCUCUGUGAAGUGGAAACUACAGUUCCCGGGUUUCUUUGGAGGCAGCUGUGUGCUUUAAAUAUAUGGUGUUAUGGAUGUCACCUAAGACCUCUUCCUACAACCAAACGUAGUCUGGCGCAGUGUUCAAAACUCCCAUUGUUCUAGGCGCGUUUUGCAACAGGGAAUUUCAUUAGCGUGAGCCAUUUCUGAGCUCUGGGCACAGUACUGCGCCUAAGAUUUCCGAUUAAAACUGCAGAGUGGAAGGAAAGGAGGGCCUUUUUCUGCCUCGCCACUUCCAGCUACAGUACUCUUCGAAGACCGGAGAAGAGACCCUCUUAAGAAUAUUUGGGGUGGGUGGGAGGGGAAGGACUAGAGCAUGUGAAAAAAAUGAAUAUAAUAUUUUAGCUGCAGUUCAUUCAUUUUCAGCUUUGUAUUUUGGUUAUGGGUGGAGGGGAAGCACACCUAGUCAUUCUGUUGUGGUGCCCAUAACCCUAGAUUUAAGGUGCCAUUUAUCUCCUAGCUUUCAUAUCUCAGUUUCUAAUACUUGUCUGGUGUUGAGAUGCAAAGGUGGUGGUGUUGAAAGUCUGCUGCAUUAAAACCUGCAUUAAGCAGUUUUAAAGGAAGUGGGAGGUUAAACGAUCUUGGCAGAGCCUCCAGAGUCCGUGACACGGGAGAGAAGGUGGUGAUGGUAAACUGAGCAGAGAAAUUCUGCAGGAAGCAGCAAUGCCGCCAUAGGUGAGUGUUUUCAGUCUCUCCUUGACAUUGUCACACCAUAUAUUUUGAAGCACCUUGAUGCGAUUUUAAAACAGCUAUGGCUUCCUUCCCAGAAUCAUGGGAGCUGUAGUUUGCCAAGAGGUGUUUAAAGACCCCUGUUUCCCUCAGAGUUACAGUUCCCAGAGUUCCUUGUGAAGAGGAAUUGACUGUUAAACUACUCUGGGAAUGGCAGGGGGCAGAACAGGGGCUUCCAAACAAUUCCUAGCACCCUUAGCAAACUCCAGCUCCCAGAAUUCUUUGGGGGAAACUGUAACUGUUUAAAGUGGCAUUACAGUGCUUUUUAAUUUAUUUUUUUAUUUUACAAAGUAAUAAUCAUAAAUAAAUAAGAAUAAAAAUGUGCACCCCACCACCGAGACCAUUCCAUUGUAACUAUCCAACCUCCCAAAAUGACAACACCUCUUGCAAUGGUUUGACCCUUAUCCAUUUUAACAGUACAAAUUCCACAAACACCUUCCAUAUCUCCUCAACUGUUUCUCUUGCAUAUUCCCCUACUUACCUUAAUGGCCCAUGUUAAUUUAUCAUUAAUAGCUAUAUCCCACACCUCUUUAUAGCAUUCUUCCAUUUUAUAUUCUGCUUGUCCCUUCCAUUUCCUAGCUAUAAUAAUUUGUGCAAGCUGUCAAUAAAUUUGUGAACAAGUCCUUCAUAGCCUGUGAAUCUUCUACCCCAUCGUAAAUUGCGAGCCAGUGUGGUGUAAUGGUUAGGAGCGUAAUCUGGUGAACCGGGUUCGCUUCCCCGCUCCUCCACAUGCAGCUGCUGGGUGACCUUGAGCUAGUCACACUUCUUUGAAAUCUCUCAGCCUCACUCACCUCACAGUAUUUGUUGUGGGGGAGGAAGGGAAAGGAGAUUGUUAGCCGCUUUGAGACUCCUUAGGGUAGUGAUAAAGCGGGAUAUCAAAUCCAAACUCCUCCUCCACCACCACCACCACCACCACCACCACCACCACCACUACUACUACUACUUCUUCUUUUUCUUCUUCUUCUUCUUCUUCGUCUUCUUCUUCUGGACUUUCAGUCUGCUUUAAACCAGUGAUUUCUGUUAUCUCCUUAAACACCCUUUGCCAGAAAAAUUGUACAUAUUUGCACCCUCACCACAUGAGUAUAAUUCCUGAUUUCCUGGUAUCCCCUCCAACAUAACACUGACUAUUCCUUGUUUAUUUGAUUUAAUCUGACUGGUGUUAAAUACCACCUUCAAACUAAUUUAUAAUAAUAUUCUUCUUAUAGACAACAUUUUCAACGUACGAUUCUCCCAUAUUUCUCCCCAGCUUUGACUAUCUAUCUGCCCUGUUGUCUCCUUUUCCCACACCUCUUUCAGUUGAUCUUCUUGAUCCUCCAUUUCUACUAAUGUUCUAUAAAUUUCACUGGUUUUGCACCAUACAUUUAAAAGGGGAAACAGUGAUUUAAAUGUAUGGUGUGAAUGUGACCUAAUAGCAGGAGCAGGGUAGCUCAGGCACAGGUUGUUUGCUUCAAGAUCCAGGCCUUUGUCUCUACGCAGAAGCACUUCUCAGCAGUUGAGGUCCUUUCAGGAGACAAGGGAGUGAGUGAGGAGAAGGAAGCAAUGGUGUGUGUGUGUGUGUGUGUGUGUGUGUGUGUGUGUGAGAGAGAGAGAGAGAGAGAGAGAGAGAGAGAGAGAGAGAGAGAAAUUGUUGGCUUCUGGCUAUGUAAGGGGGGUGUUGUAUAUCCACAGUGGGCAUGUUUCAAUUGGCAGGAUGUGAGUCAGAGCAACAGAUUAUCCUGCACAGCUCUAAAGAUUUGGUUGGGGAUGAGGACUUGGCUUAUUUUUUCGGGGAGGGGGGUGGCAAUGGCAGGCCUGUGAUUAGAGGGACAGAGUAUAGAGCAGGCAUAGGCAAACUCAGCCCUCCAGAUGUUUUGGGACUACAACUCCCAUCAUCCCUGACCACUGGUCCUGUUAGCCAGGGAUGAUGGGAGUUGUAGUCCCAAAAUAUCUGGAGGGCCGAGUUUGCCUAUGCCUGGUAUAGAGGCUCGGGUGGAGGGAGGGAGGGAGGGAUGGAGGAAGGGAAGGUGGGUGGAGAGAGAAUUUUGCUUCCUCCCACUUUCUUUUGCCAAGUGCUUACUCAACACCCCUUAUACCAACACACUCAAAUGGAACAUCCAUGUUCACCCCCCUUCCAUACCUACCUCAUUCCUGCUACUGGCACUGGCAGCUGAAGCAUAAGAACAUAGGAGCUUGCUGGAUCAGGCCACUGGCCCAUCUAGUCCAGCAUUCUGUUCCCACAACGGCCAACCUGCAGGACCUGAGCAAAAGAGCAUUCUCCUCCACUCUCUGCCUCAUUCUAGGACCGGCCCUGGUGAAUUCCGUCAUUUGCAUAAUUUUUGUAGGUUGCGGCAUUCUGCUUUCCUUGAUGGGGCGUCUGGAUGGUUCAAAGCUCUUGCUAAUGCAGCAGCUCUUGCUAAUGCACCAGGCCAGAAAGUUCUUCUAAUCUGCAAGGGAGCUGGCAGUGCAUCUCCCACCUGCCUGAUGAUGGGUGGAGGGGCUAUCAGUCCUCAGAUCUCAACCCCCACUGUGUUUAUUUCAAAGCAGCUGCAGAGAGACUCUCUGAUAGCAACUGGAGCCUCCUCCCCUUGCCCAGCUGCUUUGAAGUUUUAAAGCACACACACACACACACACACACACACACCCUCCCUGUUGGGAGAUCUGACCUCCUGCACUAGGGUUGUUUCAACACCCAGACUGACUUGUUCUCUGGUUGUGCUUUCUUCAGCUUGGUGGAACCAUGCUCUUGACAGUCAAGAUUGAGCUGUGUGAGCAAGUGGCCUAUUAUGGAACUAUGUGGACAAAUACCUUUGUCUUGAUCUGCUAAGAUAAAAAAGGCCUUUCCCCAAGCAUUCUUCUCCAUUUUGCACAGUCUGUGCUUCUGUCUGUCUUUCAUCCAUAGCCUUCAUGCCUCUUGCAUUCAGUCUACCCAAAUCCUAGCAGCAGAAGGGUUUUUAAAUGACUUGUAGAUCUUGAGCUGUCCACCUGUCCCACAAUUGCUGCUUCUCUUUCUCCUCCUUCAAUGGGUCCAUUGUGUCAGCUGGAACAACCGGCUGCUUUCCUUCUUUCUCUUCUCCUUCGCAGCUGUGGCAACUUUGGAAUGCACUAACUUGUGUCCUAGUGAGGGUUUCUGUGUCUCUGGUGGUAGCUCCACCCUUGGGAAUCCAGGGGUGGAAUCUCCUAGAUAGGGAGUGGAACGUUGUUGGGAGUGGAAGAUACUACACCAGGUGGGCAGAGCAUGGUCAAGGUGGGUACCCCAGGGUGCAGCCCAGAUGGUUCAUGAGGAAAGAGAGUGACUAGCAAAGCUCUCAAGCCAGGCAGAAAAACAGAGUGCCCUCGUGGUUCUCACUUUGCCUGCAAUUUUAGUCCUCCUGAGACAUCGAGGAAGGCAGUAAGACCCUUGAAAGCACAGGUCAAAAUCUUGACACCUGGCUGGAUCACAUUAUUUGGGGCUGUGGAGGUUUCCUGACUGAAACUCAACUGAGACUGCUUCUAGUGUUGCCCAGUUUCACAUGGGAGGCAUGUGCCGUAGCUAUGGAGGGGGUAGUCAUGGGUUCUUUUUGCCCUGGGUGAAGCCUCCAGAGGGGUGCUGUUGAAUCUCCCAGCCUGUGUGGUGUAUGGUGUGGGUGGGUGUGCACAUGCACACGCUCGCAAAUGUGCAUGGGGUGUGUAUGCCAAACUGGGUCUUUGAUGCUGGUGAAAUAAAGCCUAGUUUUGCCCCUAAUGGACACACAGCUGUGCAACCCCCCAUCACCCUGUGUUCUGCCCCUACUAUAAGGAUGGGGAACCUUGGACCCAGGUGACAAAUGGGGCCUCCAGCCUUUCUAUCUGGCCCUCAGGACUCUUCCUUAGCCACAUACCCUCCUGAACCGCGGCCCCCACUUUGCAACCGGUAUGAUUGCACCCAACUUCAAUGUGUCCUUGAACUCUGACACUGCAUCUUGCUUGUUUGGGCGGAGGAGGAAACAGAAGUGUCUUUGAAAGUGUGUAAUAAAACCUAUCCUACUGUUCAAAUUCACAUCGGUUGCCCUGCCUACUUUUGCCUCUGGCCCCACCCACUCACAUGUGGCCUCUGGAAGGUUGCAAUUAAGGGAACGUGGCCUUAGAACAUGUCUGAUUCCGUGCUCUUUUUCAGAUAGCUUGAGCUGGUAUACUUUUCAAAAAUGCAAUGUUAAAAGGCAGCGACUUCUCCCUGGAAAGGAAGGGAUUGCUUUCUCUGGCCUCAGCUGCUUACUUCCUCCAGCGUGGUCAGGAGCCAAAGUGGCCGCCGGCCUGGACAUGUGAUCCGACACCCAUGAAUGCCACUUUGGGGAGUGGCUCUCUUGGCAGUGAGGCUGGGGAACCGGGCUGCCUACCCAGCAGCAAAGCUCUGCACUGCCACGUUGGGCCGGCUGCCAAUCUGGCUCAGUUGUGUCUGAAACGGUUGCUCUGUGCAUCCACAUUUAUAGCCACAAAGCUUGAGACAGUGCAGGGGAAGCAAAACAACCACCACCGGAGUUCCCUUCUCUUCCUCUCUCUCUCUCUCUCUCUCUCUCUCUCUCUCUCUCUCUCUCUCUCUCAGAGUUUCAAGUCCAACAAUACCUGGACGGCUGCAGGUCCCUGAGCUAACCUCUUUCAUUAGGUACAUGCAAUACAGCUGUUUAUAGAUAACUACAUCAAUUACACUGGCAUGUGGAUAAGAGGGAAAGAGCUACAUGAGUCCCGAAGCUUUUCCUUGCCAUCAGUGGCUACGUUCUCCCUCCACUUUGGGAAGCAGUGUUGUUGUGCUUGGGUUCUGCUUGUGGAUGUCCCAUUGGGGACAUCUGGUUGGCCACUGAGAACUGGGUGCAGGACUAGAUGGGCCCCCCUUUGGCCAGAUCCAGCAGCCCGUUCCUCUUAAGCCACAGUGGCUGAGCCAUGUGAGCCAGGAGGGAAUUGCCCUCUGGCCCCUGGCCUUGAGUGUGUGGAGUCUUCCCAAGAUCUUUCUGAAAGUUUAGACUUCCUUGCAGAUUAGACCUUGACUCUUGUGUGGGCUGAGCCGGCUCCUUUGUCUACCCAGACCAUUCUUAGCUAUCUUGGGGGAUGCUUAAGAGGUGUGCACAGUUUUUACAAGUGCUUUCUGCCUUGCCCCCACCUCUGUCUCCUGCAAGCCUGAUGUAAUAAUCAGCACACAUGAGUAAGGCUGCAUGUUUUGAUAGCUGAUUAAUCCAAAGUUAUAAGUGAGCGUGAUCCCAUUUGUAUGUUUUAAAUUGUAUUAGAACUUAUAGAGAAAAAAGUACAAAACUUACUAUCAAAUCUCUUGUCCCUUUUUGUGUCCAAACUAAGACUUUGGUCUAAAUACAAUAAAAACAUAAAGAGUGAGUAAUAAAGAAGAAGAAAUAGAAAAGAGGUUAAAAGAGAGAAAAUAAAAUUCAGAAGGUAGGGGGACUUCCCAUUCUUCAUCUGUCCACUAUAUAAAAACAAUAUUCACUUUAUCCACUCCAAUAUAACACCCAUAUCAUUUUUAGAUACUGAGGGCAAACUUUAUUCAUAUAAAAAAACUGCCUUUUACUGACUCAGACCAUUGGGCCAUCUAGCUGAGUAUUGCCUAUACGGACUGGCAGCUGCACUCCAGGGUCUCAGACAGGAAGGCUCUCGCAGCAGCACCUGGCAAUGCCAGAGAUUGAGCCGGGGACCUUCUGCAGACAAAGUAUGCAGCCCACUACUGAGCGAUCGGUUGAGGGGCACAUUAAAAAUGUUGUAUCCUUCUAGCACAAAGAGGUAACUUAGACCACGUUCAAAACAUACAUUUAACGUGCUAUGUUACCAUUUUAAACAGUUAGGUCUCCCCCCCCCCCCAUAAAAAAUUAUAAUUCUGAGAAGUAUAACUUGUUACGGGUGCAGAGAGGAGUUGUCCCCCUCCCAGAGCUGCAAUUCCCAGAGUUCCCUGGGAAGAGGGAUGGAUUGUUAAAUAGAGGAAUAACAACUCUGAACACCAUUAACAAAUUACACUUCCCAGGAUUUUGAGGGGAGAAGCAAUGACUGUUUAAAGUGACAGAGAGCUUUAAAUGUAUGGUGCAAAUGUAGCCUUAAAAAGGACGAAAUUGUCUCACUUCCUUUAAUACCUAGAAAGUACCUGUGUUUGGGUUUUUGCUAACGAGCACAUUUAUGGAAAUGGAAUCGAUCUGAUUGGGAAAGAGUCGGGUUAAGCCCCGUGAUUGUCAGAUGUGGGCAAGAGGAAGGAAGGUGUCCUUUCUGGCAUGGUGAGUAUUAACAGAACCAAUAAAAACAUUGUGAAGAACCGGCAACGGACCAAGGUGGGGGAAUGCAGCCAGGUUGGUCUGUUCUCGCCUGUCUCUUGAGCAUGUGCCAGAGCUUUGUGCCAACCGGCAAGAAAACUCUGCUCUGUUUACAGUCUCCAGCAGAAGGCCGGCCCCGAAUUCUUGCAACGUGGCAAAGUGCCCGCCACACCCUGGGGACAACCCCCCACCAGGAAAGAGGCUCCCACACACUGGGUGCCAUGCCAGCUGCUGAUGGUGGCAUGCCUUGGCAUGGAAAGGGAUCGCCCACAAGGCUGAGGAAGAAAGGGCCAGCAAGGUGACCUUUCUGACUUGAGCGAGAGCCAGCUCUUUUUGCAGCAAGAUCAAAGAACCAGCAUUGUGCUCCUGAAAAUAUUUUCCGCAUCUCUCACUUUCCUGAGAAGUUGGAUGUUUGGUUGUCAUGUGGGCAGGAGCUAUUUAUGCAGUGCCCUUGCGAGAGGAUAAUCACCUGAGUCACAUGGCAUUUUCACAACACAGUGUUUAAGCAUGUGCAGAGUGUUCUUGGAACGCCACCGUAUUUUCUUAGAAAUGCUGCUGUGGUGGUAGGUCUCCCUGCUGCCUUCCUAAAGAGAUAGGAGGGCAAUAAACAAGAACACUGGCCAUGACAUUUUUACGUGAAAAUGAGAAAAAAGAAACCUGGGUCCAUCCACCUCUGCCUUCAAUGGUGGUCAGGCAGAUUCUUCUUUAAUACUUUCAAGCUGAGCAUGAAGGCAACAGUUUGACCACAUUUUAUAUCCUCAGUAUCUAUAUCUGUUAUUCAGAGGUAAACAGCUCUUGAACAUGGAGGUUUAGUUAAUGGCUAAUGGAUGCCUGUCAACCUUCUCUCCUUCAUGAAUUUGCCUAAUCCUGUUCUAAAUUUAUGCCCACCAUUUCUGGCAGCUGCCCAUAUGGCAAUUCUGGGCGCAUGGCUGUUCCUAUUUCUGACCCAGGCAGCGGAGCAGUGGUCUUUCCAGCCCUCAGUGCCACGUCGACCAAUCCCACUGCAGCCAACAUCUCUCCCUUUUAAAGGUGGUGACUCAUUCAUCCCAAAACCUAGCCAAAAGCUGCCUUCUGUUGCAGCUGCCAGGCUUUUUUCUCUGCUUGCAAAGCUCGCCCAGCUCCCUCUGCCUCAUGCAAAACAGAACCAGCGCUCUCUUUGGCCUGCACUGUAAAUAAUUAUCCGGGGUUUCUAUCUGCAAGCCAAAAUAAUAAAAAGCUGUCUUCUGUUGUGCCUGGGCUGGGUGAGGCUGAUCUGUUCAAACAGAGGCCUCACAAUACCUCCUAUUAUAUCUUGGAGCAGAAUAGAUUUCAGCUGCUGGGAGGGUGGAUUCAAAAGCCUUACCCAGCCUGGCAGAGAAGCUUUCGGGACCCUUUGAACUGUGCCAUUGAGCGGAGGAGUGGAAAGGAGGGUUCAUAUUACAGGCUGGUGUGUACUACACCGUACUGAGUCAGGCAGUUGGAGAUGCCAGCAGGAACUGGUAACCUGGAAUUUUCUGCAUGCAAAGCGUGCCCUCUGUGGCUCUUCUCCAAUAGCACAUGAGCCUGUACUAGGCUUAAAUUGUAGCAUUGGCUCAUCUAACACAGUAUUCUCACCUCCAGCCUCUCUCAACCUGGUGCCCUGUUGUUGUUCUGGACUGCAACUCUCAUCAGCCCUAGCCAGCAUUGGACUCCAGGCCCCGACAGCUGGCCUGGCUUAGUAGUCUAGAGAACAUCUGGAUGGCACCAGGCUGAAUGAGGCUGGUCUACUCUGUUGUUGAGACAGAAGGGGCACCCCAUCUCUGCCAUAUGCAAACUUUGCAGGUGCCACAGCUGCAUGCAAAGUGUAUGGCUCUGCUUGUGAGCUAUGGUGCCCAUGCAAAUAUUAGUAAUCAAAUAUUCUGCCCAUAAAGUUCAAUAUUUAUUUUACUUUGUUUUGGCUUUGUUUUGAAUAUUCAGGUUGCUGAGGUGAGUGUGUGUGUUUGCAGAAAGUGAGAUUUAUUUUAUUUUGGCUAGGGAGUGGGAAAAUCCAUGUGUAGGUCUAUCAAUUUACUAAUGCAGUAAAAAUUACCAAUAGCUAUUAUCUGCAAGAGCCUUGAAUCUUUGUUGAAAGGCAGUCUGCCUCUCGAUUACCUGGUUGCCGAGGGUGCAGAAGUGGGGUGGCUGUUGCUGCCGUGCCAUGCUUGAGAGCGCCCCAGAAGGAAUCUGGCUUCAGGAUACUGGGAGAGGUGGGACUUUGCAUUGCUCUAGCAAAGUGGCAUUUACAUUAUGAGGAGUGUCAGUGGCACCGCUGGUAAGAGAUGUGGAGUGUAAAAAUGUGACUUGAGGCGACAGGGUUUGGUAGCCAAGGGAAGUGGCUUGGUGUUGGUUUCUGCAAUGAGUGUCAGAUAUUGUACUUUAAUGGUUCAGUUAAGGAACAUUUUGUGAGGCUGGCAGCAUGCACGCGUAAGUUGACAGCAACCUACUGCCUUGAUUGCUCCCAUAUACCCGUGUUAGUGACUUGGAGCCAACCUUUUAAAAAGCCUCUUUGUUGGGUUGCUUGGACGUGAGUGACGCUGAGUGCCUGCUCCCGGGUCUUUGCACUGUGCCAACCUAGACCCCCUCUGGCUGUUUAGGGCUAGGACUCCCAUCAGCCCCAGCGAGUGCAUAUGUAUGAUGGGAGUUGCAGCUCAAGACAACUGUGCUCGCCUGGGACUCAUGGAAAUUACUGUCCAAAACACCUGGAGGGCACCAGGUGAGCAAAGCCUGCGUCACCCUCCUCAGCCAGAGAGCCUUUUGUUGACUUCUAGGCAGGAAGUAUUCCAGGCCUACAACUUGAUACUGGCUCUGAAGAAUAUGCUGAACCUCUCCAGCUUGCAGGGGCCAUUUUGGAUGCAAGGCUUUUGCAAAACCUGAGCUGGCACCCCGAGGUUGUGUGGAGGCUCUCUUGCAAAUCCAGGGUAUCCUGGAUUCCGCUGGGAAAGUUCUGAAAGUGGCAGGGUUGGCAAUGGGAGGGACGGAGCAUGUGUACACAGGCUGUGAGCCAUGUGAAUUGUGGGCAGGUUGGCAAGCAGGGGCAGCUGCUGUUUCCUCCCUGUUUUGGCAAGGGCGUUGGGAAAUUACCGGCUCCUUUGCUAGCAAGGGAAGAGUUUGAGUGUGUGGAGGCAAGGCGGGGCCAGAGCCCAAGGCCUUCUCUCUCACCAAGCGGUACACACACACUCCAGUCUGCUGAUUUUCAUUUGCUUCCUUUGAAGCCAUCCAUCCCACUGGUGAACAGAGAACCCCAUUGAUCUCAUGGCAUCUUGGAAGACUGAGGGGGGUGGCAUGUCCCGAGAUGGCAUCUGACCCAGAUCGGCUAGAAACGAAGCUGGAAUUGUGCAAGGGCUCUGCACAGUAGCAGAACUGGCCCUCCCUGGCUUCAACCUCAAGAAGCCUGCACUCAUUGCAACAGAUGGGGAGCGGGGAUCCUGAGUUGCAUCUGAGUUGGCUUUCCCUAGGGCAUGUCUGUAGGGGGCUUUCCCCACUUCCUAUGGGCAAUAUGCACCCGCUCCCAAACUUACUUGAUCCCUGGCGCAAGAUCCUUUUGCCACAACAACCCUAUGGGGGGUAGGUUUGGCUGUAAAGGAGUACCUGCCCCAAGGCCACCUUGUGAGGGAUUUUUCAUGUCAUCAUUUUCUAAAAAAAACAAGCAAUUUGGUGGGUUGUUUGUUACACGGGAGCUCGCCCUCUCUACUUACCCCUUUUGAGCUUCAUGGAUCAAAAGCCACCUGGCUCUGGGUCUCAAGUGUCAAAGAGGCUGUGCCAUACAUGGUUCGCUACAUUAAAGUCGCCGAAAGUCCCCAACUUUUGCGUAGAACCAGACUUGGAUGAGGCUGCCUUCCUGCAAGUGUGGGGCAGCCCUCCGGACGUUGUGGGGUUCCCAGUUCCCACCAGCCCCUGGAGCAGCAUGACCCACGGUCGGGGAUGGCGGGAGUUGCAAUGCAACAGGUUCCCCCCAUCCCUGCACCCAGGAGACGACUUUACAGAGGCGCGCGCGCUGUGGGCGGCGGCGGCGGCCGGGGCCUCUCGCAUCCAACUGCGGUUUCGGAGGCUUGUCGCUGCGGCCGCGCGGGUUUGGGGCUUCUUUCGAACCGGAAAAGGCGCGACCGCCCGGCGCCUCGAGGGAGUGUGCGCAGCGGCGAGCUCCGCUUCGCGGUGCCUCUUUGCGCCGUGGAGCCAGGGAGGCCUGCGGGCCUGCUUCGGCGUUGGCGUUUGGGCUGGCUGGCUGGUUUACUCAGCCGAAAGGAAUGUCCCUCGCCUGCCUCCCAGCAGUUGCGUUUUUCGUGCUGGCCCCGAGGUUUCCUGCGACGCAAAGCUGCUCAACUUUCUCUCUCUCUCUUACACAAAAAGCAGAGAGAGAUCGCUCGGCCUCGUUUUCUUGUGCGCGUAAAAGAAAGGAAGGAAAACUCAAAACUGGCAUUUCGCUCAGACGGCUCGCGGCCUCCCAAUGUCUGCUAAAUGGCCAUGGUUGGCGCGCGCAAAAGGCCGUCCGUCCCUUUGAGUCAUUUCUUCCCGAGGCGUCGUUGCGCGGGGGCCGGAGAGCGCCUCGAGCCCCGUUUCCCUUCCCGUCCCCGCUCCGCCAUCUGCGGCGUUGCCAGGGCCAGGCCGGCCCGACUUCCAUUUGCGGACGGAGCGGCGGGGAUGACUCAGCCCCGCCGGGUGGGGCCGGAACAGAGGCGUUGGCCGGGUAGUGGGAGGCGGGGAGACGAUUCCAGCCAAGACUUCGCUUAUUGUUCCUUUCCCUCCCUCAAUGUACUAUUUAAUAUCGCGUUUCCUGCGUUUGAUAAAUUGAAGCAGGCCGCAGCUGCACGGAUUGCUUGCGCAUUUUGUUACAGUAACACUAAAGAUUAUAUGCAGACGGUGUUUUACUGUAUAUAUAUAUAUUUACACGCCGCCUAGUUUUCAGCAAAAGAGCAGGGAAUUAUUCUUUUUAACCCUGGCGCUUCAGGCAUCUCCUCUCGCCCUAUAAAUGAAUUCAGUGUGAUCCGCAGGAUUCGUACAAGAAUCUAGUAUUCUUUAUUUAUUUUUGGCGGGCGGGGAAGCUUCUAGUCCUCAUUAAAAUUGAGACUGUUUUGCAAAUGUGAGGAGGGGCACCCUUUAAAGAUUAGAAAGGAACAGACAAAGGAGCUUAGUUACUUGCAUGAGUAUAUUGGCUUGUGUUGCAGGACAACAGUUUAAUCUAGUUUAGUGUAUCCACCAAGUUCUGUGUCUGCUGUUCAUGAUAAUGCCAUGCGACUAAAACACGUCACUAGUCUGCAGACCUCCCUUAUUCCCUUUUCUGGCUUGAAAGCAAACCGUGGCAAGUUGUCAAAAUACAGGCAGUGUUCUGUCUCAGCACAGGUGGAGGCAUCGGAGGCUAAAACUCUUCCUAAAGAGACUUGUGAAACUUUUACAGUGGUACCUUGGGUUACAUACGCUUCAGGUUACAGACUCCACUAACCCAGAAAUAGUGCUUCAGGUUAAGAAUUUUGCUUCAGGAUGAGAACAGAAAUUGUGCUCUGGUGGUGCGGCGGCAGCAGGAGGCCCCAUUAGCUAAAGUGGUGCUUCAGGUUAAGAACAGUUUCAGGUUAAGAACGGACCUCCAGAACGAAUUAAGUACGUAACCAGAGGUACCACUGUAAAAGUUGCUCUCGUUUUGGCACUUCAAAAACCCAUUUAAAUUUGGGUUUCUUUCCUGCUGUGACCUUUGGGUGCAAGACCCCUCUUUGUGCUUUUGAUCAGCUGAAGAUGAAGCUUCUAUCUAUGAAUAGAUCCGUGCUUCUUGUAUUUGUGAGGGCUUGCUUGUUGCACAUCAGAUCUUUGAAUUUAGCCCGCCCCCUUUAAACUUUUGCCUAAUUCUCCACCCCCAAUUCCUUAAUCUUCAAAGAAAACAGCAGGAAUUUUUUAUUUUAUUUUUGCUUCCCUUUCUGAGGGUUCAGUGGCUCCACAUGCAAUUGGAAAUCUGGAAGGUGAGAGCCGCAAAUCCCCUCUUGACUUUUUUCUGGGGCCUUUUGGGUGUGGCCCUUGCUGUACCAGUGGCAGCAAACAUCUUUUCUCGCCUUCUGUAGGGCCACGCCCUCAAUCCUGAAUCCUGUCCAGCUGGCUCCGACAGAAAGCUGGUGGCGCUUGCUCACGUUUCUGUCCCACGUGGCACAUCCCUGGUGGCUUGGCAGUGUUGCCCUUGGUACCGAAAAAGAAUGGGUGAGUCAGAGCCACUCGGAUGGGCCUGGGUCGCAGCCGCUUCUCUCCAGAAACAACAGGAUCUCCCGUGCCCUGUCCCUUUCCUGCUUUUGAUGGGAUUCUUUUCCAGAGACACCACCAGGGAUGUCAAAAGCCCAAACUCUGCCAGCUCUCCUUCCCUUUUGAUUCAAUUUUAUGUGCUUGUUCCUGGCAAGUGUUUUGUUCCAAUCCACGCAUCCCACCCCCACCCCCUCCGUCAUAUCUCUGCCGUGCCAAAAAAAGUGUUUGCUCAUGGAGCAACUUGCGCCAGAAGGCACUGUGGUCCCCCUGCAGCAAAAAUUCUGUUAGCAGAACCUGGUGCCAGAUUGUCCCUCCUGUGUAACAUCUGACUUUCUGGGACAGAAACAACUACAACAACAACAACAACCAUCAUUCAUAAAGCAUCAAAAAAAUUCUAAGCACUGGACAAACGUUAAAAACCAAGACAGUUUCUGCCACGCAUGAACAAUCUAAUAGAUCUGAACAACACAAAAGGAAAAAGAGUUUGGAGGGGAGGAAAGCAAAUUCAGGUACAGUGGUACCUCAGGUUAACUACUUAAUUCGUUCUGGAGGUCCGUACUUAACCUGAAACUUUUCUUAACCUGAAGCACUACUUUAGCUAAAUGGGGCCUCCUGCUGCCGCCGCGCCGCUGGAGCACGAUUUCUGUUCUCACCCUGAAGCAAAGUUCUUAACCUGAAGCACUAUUUCUGGGUUAGUGGAGUCUGUAACCUGAAGCAUAUGUAACCUGAAGCGUAUGUAAACCGAGGUACCACUUUAAUGGUUAUUACACGGUUACAUAGUUGAACAAUUGGAACGGCUGCUGAGGAUAUUUAGGAGAGGAGAAAUCAAAGGGAGCUUGAUUUCAGCUGAUUCUAUUGGAAGGGGCUUUACUGGGGGUUGUCGGGGGGCUCAAGGAUAGAUGUUGAAGGGCAUGAGUCCAAAUGAUUGCCUAGUUGGAGGGCUACUUUGGGAAGAGAGAUGGCGGAGUUAGCCAGAGUGCCUCUCUAGCCCCCAGUUGCCUGCCAGUGAGUCCCCCAUCUUCACACCUGUUGUUCCUUCUGCCCCCCACCUCCUGAUGGCACCAUUGGUGGGCCUGAUCUGGCCCAAUGGCUGUACGGUUGCUGAUCCUUCCUCUGUGUGGCAGUAAAGGAGGUGCAGCUAGAAUGAAGCAAAGGGCGAGGUGGAUGAGAGCUCUCUGCCAAGAGCUUUGCUAGGAUGCUGAGCCUCAAAGACAUUUCUGUGCUAACCGGUCAAUUGGUUUUUGGCAGCAGGUCUACUGAGUGACGGGAAGGAAACUCACUGAUUGUUUGAGAUUAAGCUUGGAUGGUCAGUUUGGUGCCAGCUUUAUAAACUUAGCCAGGAGGGAAAUCUCCCCAACUCAAGAAGAACCUAAAAUAGAAACUAGUAGUUUCUCCGCCCGCCUCCCCGCCUUUACAAUUUGCCUCAUAAUCAGGAAACGAAUGAUUUCAAUCUCUGUGGCUAAGAUGGGGAGAUGCUGUUUCCCUUUUCAGGUCUGGAGGGGAAUCCACCUGUUCUGGUGUAGCCACACAAAAGGAAAAUGGCUGAUUUUUGACUUGUGCUGGAAAUGCCUUUGAAGAAAUAGAACCGGGAUGACUGCAGGGGGGUCCCCAUUUCAGAGAACACACCUCUUGAUAGGCAAGCAGUGUAGUUUCGAUGCCGAUUUAGGAGAUAAUCCUAAUCAUGAGGAUUAGGAAUGCCUCUUGCCUUUUUGCAAAAUGGAGCUUAAGGUUCUCUGGCCAGGCAAAAUACCUAUGUGCUACAAAAACAGAGUUUGCCAUGCUCAGUGGAAUCUUCUCUGUGCAAAAAGUCUCGAUUUCCUCUGCUGAUAAGCAGUGCCUGGUGGCCUUUUGCAACUUGGUUUGUCAUUUCUUUGUCUUUUUUUUUUUUUAAGCCAAGCUUGAAUGUUGGAGGGGAGCAUUCCUCUAGAACUGCUGUUCAUGCCAUAUUUGUCCUAAAUGCUGACCUGGAAUGUUACUUAUGACAAAGAGGAAGAAAAUAAACAGAGGAAAGUGAACCGUUGAGAGCGAAGUUAUUUUAUUUAACUUCUUUAAUUUCACUUUUCUUGCUAGUAAUGCUGUUGUCUUGAACUUUUGCUCAUAAAGUUGAGCUUCAAGGCCAUACUAAGAAAUCACAUAAUACAACAGACCACAGACUGUCUAUAAAAGCAAUUGUAAAAUAAUUGGCACCUGUAUGAACUUGCAUUCAAAUCGGGAGCCACCGUGUCUCUGGGAUUUCCCUUGGCUCCCGACAAAUCCAGCCUGGCCUCCCUCUACGUUUUCUGACAUGUGACAGGAUACGUCACCCAGCAAAAACAAAUGUUGUUGGGGUAUUCUGUCUUCUCGUCUCCUGCCACCAUGCUUUAAAGAAAUACCCAGUUUUACACUCUUAAAAGGUGCUGCAUUGUAUUAUUUUAAUGUACACUCAUUCUCCCCUUCUUAAAAAAAGGAGAGUCAGUUUUUUAGGCAUUGAAAAACUCGUCAGUAGAGGUGGGUUUGUGCUGUUUCCAGCUAAACAGUGCUGUUCGGAGCUGGCUUCUGCUGGAAAAUUCAGAAAGCUGGUUUCCCUGGAAGGCAAUCCAUGAGAGAAGUUGGUCUGCCCAGACAAAAGUGUACAGGGAUAUGGACUUCCAGAAAUAGCUUCUCCGAACUAUGCUUGUAUUUCAUUAUGUCCUGCAUAGAAUUGUGUUCUUGCUAUUAUUUGUGCGGAUACAAAUACAUGCUCCUGUUACCCUGUUUUCUGUUGACAAGCAAGAUUUCAGGUUGGGUGUCUCCCCUCCCCAGAUCAGACAAGCAGUCUAGUUUGAAGGGAGGAAAAUUUUACAGAUCUUUGACUGUGGCUCAGUGGAAAGAGCGCACACAGGUGGGGUUUCUGGCUCAGCAUUUCCUCACGAUUGGGAAAGGCCCCUGGGGAAUCCGCUCUUUGUUGUUGCAGUAAACAGGGCUGGGUGAAACUGACUCACCUGCCCAUGAACAAACUUCACCAGCUCUGCAUUUCUGCUUUUAGCUAGACUAGAGGCUCCAUAGCUUGGAGAGCCCAUCCUGUGUACCCUCAAAUCCCUCAGGUAUCCUGUUCCCAAAUGGUAAGGGUAACCAGUCACUGGUGAGGGGUGAGCAAAUCUUCCCAUUUCAAUUUUAUUUAUGUAUUUUUAAAAGAUUUGUAUGCCGCCCUUCAUUCGAGGAUCACAGGGCUGUUUACAAUAUUAAAAACACAAAAAACCACACCGUAGUAACAAACAAAACAAUAACAAUAUCAUACACACCCCAAGUGUAAAAGGUCAUAGAUUGAUUGAUUAAUUAGCCAAAGGCCUGGAAUCUUUUUGCCUGGAGCCUAAUGGGAUAUAACAAAGGUUCAAGGUGAAUCUUCCUGGGGGGAGAGCAUUCCACAAAUGGGGAGCCACCACAGAAAAGGCCUGUUCUCGUGCUGCCACCCUCCAGACCACUCAUGGAGGCGGCAUACAAACAAGGGCGUAGGAGGGUGAUCACAGAGGUGGAUGAUCAAAGGUGUUAUAUACUCAAACCAUCUUAAUCCUGCCUUUUAAAAUCAGAAAUGUGUGUUAGAUUUUUCUGUGCUCUGUUUCAUGCUGGUCUUAAUGCAUGGUGUUUAUUUGUUGUUGCAAGUAGGGUUGGGCUAUCUUGGUUUUUAAAAAAGCAACUAAUUUGUUUAGUAAUAAUAAGCACUCUGCACAUGCUCUGAGUGACUUGUGAAUCCCCAUAGCCUGCUGCCCUGUCAACCAAACGUUGGAGAUGAGCUCAGUUGUGGAAUUUGAUCAGCUAAGAGGGACUCCCUUGUUCAUAACAUUCCAGCCAGGCAGGAUGGUUCUGUCUGCAGCUCUGACUUUUCUUUAGUACGCCUCCCCCCAGCCGUCAUCUGUUUGGUGGGUGAUGCUUUUUUAAGCAGCUGUGUUUCUGUCUCUUGGUCUUCUGUCUUCCUUGGCAGGGGAGGGGAAAGAAAGAAAAUAAAGCAAAAUAUAAUGGAAUGUAAGCGAGUAAUGGAAACUUGGAUCUGAGCUGACGACCAACGUUUGGAUUUUCUCUUGCCUCAGCCUUAUUUAUAGCUUUCUCCGUCUCCCUCCUUUUAAAAUAUAUAUAUAUCUAUAACCCAAAUAAAAAGAUCUUGAGGCCCAGUUUCCCCUCUUCUUGGAGUAGGAGUUUUCUUUAUCUGGUAUGCUAUGGUUCCUGUGAAAUUAUUUGCUGGCCUUUUUAAUUAGAUUUGUAAUCUCCCUUCACACCAUCUCAUAUUACAUUUUCUCCUCCUUCAAGGAACUAAAACCAGCUUAAAUGUUUCAACACCCCCAGUUACCCUCACAACAACCAUGAGAGGUAAGCCAGGCUGACAAUGUUGAUUAGUCCACAAGGUCAACUAGGGAGCUUUGCAGCUUAGCAUCACCCAUCUCUCCCUCUUAGGCCACCUGCAACAGGUUGGUGUAAGAACUUUCCUGCACCGCUUUCCCAAAGAUGCUCAGGUUGUGGUGAGCUCCCAGCCAGUCAGAGAGACCCAAAAUCUCCCUGUUUAGAACUGAGGAACAUGAAAAGCUCCAUCAAAGUGUUUAAGGGCUGUCAGCCAACCAGAUUAUCUGCUAAUACACCCCUUGAUUGAUUACAUUUGCAUACAGUGGUACCUUCGUUCUCAAACUUAGUCCGUUCCAAAACCAGGGCGUGCUUUCCCAUAGAAAGUAAUGCAAAAUGGUUUAAUCCGUUCCAGACUUUUAACAACAACCCCUAAAACAGCAAUUUAACAUGAAUUUUACUAUCUAACAAGACCGUUGAUCCAUAAAAUGAAAGCAGUAAGCAAUGUACUGCAGUCACACAAUCAAUCAAUCAAUCAGUAGCUGAACUGGGUUCCACAGUCACAAAAACAAAACAAUAAGAGCCACAAAAACAAAAAAGCAAAAUAAAUAGCAAAAACACAGACCUCAGCGUAACACUCAAAUCAGAAGCGUAACACUCAAAACGGAGCACGUUUGGCUUCUGAAAAAAGUUCUCAAACUGGAACACUUACUUCCGGGUUUGCAGUGUUUGGGUUCCAGGCUUUUUGAGUACCAAGGUGUCUGAGAACCAAGGUACCACUGUAUUGCCAAAACUUCUAAAUACACACAUUAAUCUCUCUUUUUAAAGGCAGUUAAGAAAACGUGACAUUUAAUAUGUAAGGGGCUACACCUCUGUCUUAGGAGGGAAGUCCUCUUUUAGUCUUUCAUAUUUUUCUCCCUUUUAUCUGUGACAGUAACACACCAGAACCAAAGUAGUCAUGGAAAACUAACCUGUGCCUUCAACUUCUAAAAUUGACCUUGGUAGAUAAAGCAACAAAAGCUUUAGUGGAUUAAUCUAAAACGGUGUUAUACAUAUUUCUAAACACACUUGCAAGAGGAUAGGGUCACAGUAGCCUACAACAGCCUUCACAAUGUUUUGGACAGCAAAAGUUGUAACCUGGACACCUGGAGGGCACCUGGUUGCAGAACGCUUGUCUGUGCCGCAUUGCAUGUCUCCUUUUCCUCCCUUCCUGGGGGCGGGGGAAGGCUAAGUGGAGACAUGAGGAGAGUUUAUAAAACUACACUUGUUGUGGCAAAAGUGGAUAGAAAGAAAUUCUCAUAAUUGGUUGUUUUAGUGAAAUGUGAGGUUCAGGGGCAGAAAACAGAAUUUUCUGGAAAUGUGAUGGCUGCUGGCUCAGAGUGCCUUCAAAAAGGGACUAGGCAACUUCACAGAGGCAGGAGACAGUGUUAUUGAUUGUUGUUUCUUAUAGAACCUCCAAGUCCAGAGGCAGUCUAGAUGUGGAUACCAGUUGCUAAGGGUGAACAGCAGGGACAGGCUGCUGGCUCCAUACCUUUGUUGGAGGUCUUCCUUAAGAGCAGGCAUAGGCAAACUCGGCCCUCCAGAUGUUUUGGGACUACAAAUCCCACCAUCCCUAGCUAACAGGAUCAGCGGUCAGGGAUGAUGGGAAUUGUAGUCUCAAAAUAUCUGGAGGGCUGAGUUUGCCUAUGUCUGCUUAAGAGCAUCUGACAAGCUGCUGUUUGAAACGGGAUGCUUGACUAGAUGGCUCUGUGUCCUGAUCCAGCAAAGCUCAGUGUGUCUUGUCGAUCUUGCCUCUUAAGAACUUUGCAUUGCAUUUUCUGCUUUCUUACGCAUUAUAUUAUGAAAUCGUACUCAUUGCAGACUGACACACAAAGAAAACAGACGAACCAUUUUAUUACUUCCAUAAUGAUUUUGUCAUUUGCCAUUUUUAUAAUAACAAAUCAUCGGGGCUUGGGGGGGUUUUUUUGUACCUUGGUCCGUGAAGAAGACAAGCCUCUCUCCAGUCUGGAUUAACAGCUGUGCCUUCUUCUUUUCCUUGUUUUAGGAACACCAAGAAGGAAGGGGAGCUGCUGACCGCUCAAGCCCGCCUGAAGGACGUCGAGGCCUUGCUGAACUCCAAGGAAGCAGCACUCACCACUGCCUUGGGAGAGAAGCGCAACUUGGAGAAUGAGCUCCGUGAUCUGCGGGGGCAACUGGCCAAGGUGAGGACCACCAACUUAGCAGUCUCCUUCCCUCUUAUCUUACAUUUUUCUGCAACGGACUUUAAUUUCGCCACUGGUGGUGUGUGGACUUGUGAAGCUGACCCUAGAUCAGGCAUGGCCAGACUUGGGUCUCCAUCUGUUUUGGGACUAUAAUUCCCACCAUCCCUGACCGCUGGUCCUGUUAGCUAGGGAUGAUGGGAGUUGUAGUCCCAAAACAGCUGGAAGGCCAAAUUUGGCCAUGCCUGCCCUAGAUGGUGUAAUCUUUAAGAAUGCGGAAGACCUCUGCUGGCUCAGACCAAAAUGCUGUCUGGGCCAGCUUUCUGUUCCAGCAGCUGCCAGCCAGUUUGCCUUUUAGCGCACCCACAUAGGGCCCGGAGGGUGACUGUUGGUUGCCUGUUAAUUGACUUCAGCGUCUGACAAUCAGGGUUGACUGCCUUCGGUCUUGGAGGUUCCACUUGGCUUUCAUGCUUAACCGCUGCAGAUAGAUCUCCUGCUCUUCCAUGAGUUCAUCCUAACCACCUUAUAAAAAGAAAGCAAUCUCACCUGGCCCAUUGCGUUGUGCUUUCUUUGGUCUGCCAGCCCAUUCCAUUGAGUGACUUUCAGUUCUUCAGUUAUGGGAGAGCGAGGAGGAAGCUGGCACCCCCUCCCUCUCCCCACCCCAUAGUGAAUUGAUAAACCCCUGCCUUCAUCAACCCUAGUCCAUAAUUGUACCGGAACCUUUUUUGGGGUGGGUGGGGGGGAAGUGGGAAGCACUGGAGGUUAGGAAAUCUAUCCCAUGAAGAUUUAAAGCAGCCAGCAGAUGACAGCACAACCUGCCAUCUGGGCAAGGCAGUCCUUUAAACCCAACAACACCUCUUGGAUUUUAAAGCAGAUUCAUGCUUCCAGGUGAAAGCAUGUGGGGUAGACCUUCUGGCUGUCGGUGCUACUUCAGAUAGACGGCCUGGCUUUGCAGAGGGAAGCUUCACCUGUGACCCAUGAGAGUGCCAAGCCGGGGCUGGCCCCUAUUCUUGGGCUGGUUUUUGGAAUCCCGGCAAAGUGGAAAUGCACCUGGGCGCUCCCAGAGAUUUCCCAGCCCAUCUGAGAGACAGUGCUUGGGGAAUAUGGCAGUCCCUGGCCCAGCUUCAAUCUGCCCCCAGUAUAAUUUAUUCAUUUCACAAAAUGCAUACACCGCUUGAUUGUAAGGAAAAACCUCGAAGCGGUUUGCAGAAAGAAUGAAACAAUAAAGUUGCUAUUAAAAACAGCUUUUUGAAACAUUAGAAUAAAGUCAAAGAGGAACUAAAUACCAGAUUGAAACACAGGUCAAUGUACUGCAAAUCUGGACAGGCUUACUGGAACAAAAACAAUUUUGACAGGCAUUGAAAAGAGUACAGUGAAGGCGUCUGCCAAUGCCAACAGGCAGAGAGUUCCACAGUCGUCCUACACUAAAAGAUUGAUUUCUUACAAAUGUGGAAUGAGUAUUAUGUGGCAUCUGUAACAGGGCCAGUUCCAUGGAUUCAAGUGCUCGGGUGGACAUAUAUAAAGGCCGCCACGUUUCAUCCCAUUGACAUACUUCUCCCAUUCUCUCUUUUUUUUAUACCACCCCGUCUCCCUGCCAAUCCACCCACAGCUGGAAGCUGCUUUGGCUGAGGCCAAGAAGCAACUUCAGGAUGAGAUGCUGCGACGGGUGGAUGCGGAGAACAGACUGCAGACCCUGAGGGAGGAGCUCGAAUUCCAGAAGAACAUCUACAGCGAGGUGAGUGGGGCAGCCUGCAAAAAACAGCACAGCCGCACAUACCCUCACCAACCCCCUGGGCUUGCCCACAAUUCCUGUCCCUGCAGUGUAAGGCUGAAGGUUGUUUGGGGAAACCCAGAAGCAGCACCCGAGCACAAGAACUCCACCCCUGCCCCUGGCUCCCAGCCAUUAAUAGCCUUUGCCCCCCAUGACUCUUCUUUCCGGCUUCUCCUGCAGGAGCUUCGUGAGAGCAAACGCCGCCACGAGACCCGCCUGGUGGAGAUCGACAACGGGCGCCAGCGGGAGUUCGAAAGCAAGCUGGCUGAUGCCCUGCAUGAUCUGAGGGCCCAGCACGAAAUGCAAGUCAGGCUGUACAAGGAAGAGCUGGAGAAGACUUACGGCUCCAAGGUACCACCCUGGCCUUAAACUCCUUAUCUUUGGCCAGAGAAAUGGAGUCUUUUUACACUACUUUUGGUGCCAACCUAUUUAUUUAUUUCCUCUGGUUUGCGCUGCAGUGGCAGCCUGCUCCUAAGAGACUGUGGAGCUAUUCAGGGCUGGCACACCUGUGAGGCAGUCGCCUCAGGUGGCAGAUUGGGCCUCCACCUCCACCCGCCUGCUCCUCUCCAGCCUCCUGGGGGCAGGCUGCAGGAGAGGGGGAGGAGAAGAAGAAGGCACCAUGACAGCAUUGUCUGUCUUGCCUCAAGUGGCAAAACAUCCUAGGCCAGCCCUGCUUUCCCUUUUGCACCUAUUAUCUCUCCACCCAACCAGCCCCAACUGAAAAGCUAGAAUUAAAGUCCAGGAGUUAACAGUAUUUCACAUUUAUGUCCUGUUUGGUGUAGGAAAUGUGAGGAGUUCAAGUUUUUGAAGUACAGGCAAUGACCACUUUUGUGCAGGGGAUACAUUACACACUGUGUGUGUCUGCUUGCUCUGCCCUUCUCUGCUUCUGCCACCUUCCUGGUUGCAGCAGUGCGCACGUGCAUGGUCACACGUCAGUCGGCCGCUGCCUGCAUUCAAAGGACUGCUCUUCCAAUGGUCCUGGGUGGUUCUCCCCAUUUUGCAGGCUGGGUGUGAGGGAGUGGAUUGCAGCAGCCCUGUAGUGUAGUCUACGGAUAGUCGCGUGUGUUGGAUGCGGCACUGAACUUGAGAGAAGAGUGGUUUGCAACAACCCUGCAUUGUGGUCUAUGCACAUUGGGCCAUAUCUAAUACACUAUCAUAGUCACUAUUUCCCUCUCUCUCUUGUACAACAAUCAGGGCUGUUAAAUAUUGUUUUGAAACACUGCAUUGAAAUACCAUCACCGCUCCCAGAUAGCCAUUUUUCGUCAGUGGCUGGUUUGGAUUUCCAGAAGUAAAAAAACCCAGAAACCACCUCCACUUGUGGUGCAGGUUGAAGAUAUUAAACUGUGUUCCCAACCCACUGCAAACUAAUGUCCAGUGCUGGCUGGGGGCUGAUGGGAGCUGUAGUCCAAGAUGGCCAUGCUGGCUCGGGGAUGUUGGGAGUUGUGGUUCAAAGCAUCCAGAAGGUUGGUGAAGGCUGCUUUAGACAAAGGCAGCCCAUGUCCCAGAAAGUUCCUUUCUGUCCUCCUUUCUGGAGCGCCCAGUUUCUUCUGUGCCUCAUCGCAGCCGAUCUUCCUUUUCAGCUGGAUAACGCCAAGCAGUCAGCCGAGCGGAACAGCAGCAUGGCGGGGGCAGCCCAUGAAGAGUUGCAGCAGACUCGCAUCCGCAUCGACAGCCUGUCGGCGCAGCUGAGCCAGCUGCAGAAGCAGGUGAGGGAUCGGGAAGGGUCACAGGGACAGGCGGCCAGUGCUGUGCUCUGUUUUGAGUGCUGUUGGCUCCCUGGAUGACACUGGGACUGCUGAAUGUCUUUGCCCAGGGUGCUCUAAAUUGAGGCUUAUUCCUCCAGCUGAGUAACGGCUACAUUGCACUGAAACGCUCCCCACUUAACUCUUAAGGGGUUUUGAGCGAAGCCCUUUCUGAUUUCCAACCCUGUAGAGUAAGAAUGAGCACCACCACCCUGUGAGGAUCUAGUGAAUUUCUCCAUGCCCCUUGUGCCGUUGGCCUGCUCCACCUACCAGCUCCUCUUAUUCCUCCUUCCCAGCUCUCUGCCAAGGAAGCGAAGCUGCGUGACCUGGAGGACGCUCUUGCCCGGGAGCGCGACACCAGCCGCCGUAUCCUGUCCGAAAAGGAACGGGAGAUGGCAGACAUGCGGGCCCGCAUGCAGCAGCAGCUGGAUGAGUACCAGGAGCUGCUGGACAUCAAGUUAGCCCUGGAUAUGGAGAUCAAUGCCUACCGCAAGCUCCUGGAGGGAGAGGAGGAGAGGUAGGUGCAGGGCUGGGAAAGUUGACCCGGGGGGGGGGGGGCUGGAGUCAAAACACGGUGGUCUCCCUCGGACGGUGGCCUCCUGUUCUUUCUCUGUUGGAGGGUCCGGCUGUAGGUUGAGUGGAGAGUUUGGUAAAUGGGUCUUCUCUUGGAAAAGAACAGAACGAAGAGGCAGGAUGCUGGAUUAGAUGGGCCAUUGGGCUGAUCCAGCAGGGCUCUUAUGUUCUUAGUUUCAGCUCCUGCAUGCAUCUGAAGACAAGUCACCUUGACGCCCUCUCCUCUCUCUUCUCUCCCCACCCCCAGGCUGCGUCUCUCCCCCAGCCCCACCUCCCAGAAGGGGAGCACCAGGACACGCAUCUCCCACUCUUCUAUGCAAAGCUCUUCCAAGAAGCGGAAGCUGGAGGAUGGAGAGAGCCGCACUAGCUAUUCCCACCAUGCCCGGACCAGCGGCCGCGUGGCUGUGGAGGAAAUAGACCUGGCAGGGAAGUUUGUCCGCCUGAGGAACAAGUCAAAUGAGGUGGGUUACCUUUUGGUGGGGACGGGAGAGGGGAAGUGCCUUGCUGCUUGGCAGAAAUGCUGGGGUGGUCAGGAGGAAGAGGGGCAUGUUCAGCUGCCCAUAAGGCAGAUCUUGAUGAGCUUUUCAGUCCUUGGCCGCAUUCAAAAUUCGCCAGGUGCCAGGCGCAUUUUGCGCCAUCAGCAUGCCCAUCAGCUUAGUCUCUGUGCUGCUGUUGUAGAACUCAGAAAGGGUGCGGAUAGGGCUGGAAUUAUUUGUCAAUGCUUGCCAUUGCCUCUGGCGCCACCUGCUGUCGGGCUCCUUGCCUUCUGUCCUACCAAGCCCAAAGGGCAUCAGCUGCCACUUUUGUUUAGAUUUCCUAGCAUCAAACAACGAAGGAAUACAGAGAAUAGAACCUCAUCAAGCAUCACUCUCUAUAAGAAAUAGGAGUAUAUUGCACACUGAAUUAUCUCAAUGUAACUCAGAAUAACAUGAGUUUAAAGAAUAUAUAUAACAACAGUCUCAGAUCCAUCUUGAAGAGAUAUAUACGAUCUUACAGAUUACUAUUCAGUUUGGACCGACCUGAAGAAGGGUAUCGAAAGAGAUUUUAUCUGAAUGUCUUGUUGUCGGAGUCCUCCUCGUACAGUUUCUCAACUGCAAGAUUUAACACAGAGAAUCUGUACCCUAGUCUUCAUUCGAAUUUCAUUACAUUCGAACUCUUGAACCUGGUGACAGUAUAUAUCUCUUCAGGUUUGAUCUGAGGAUGUAUAUAUUAUUUAAGUUCACAUUAUUCUGAGUUAUACAGUGGACCCUCCAGAUAUGAACUUAAUUCGUUCCGGGGGUCUGUACAUACCCCAAAAAGUCCGCAUCCAGAGGCGCCGCUUCUGUGCACACUUACCAUGGCCAUCUCUCUUCUGUGUUUUUUUAGGACCAGUCCCUGGGAAACUGGCAGAUCAAGCGCCAGAAUGGAGAUGAGGCCCCCAUCUCCUACAGGUUCCCCCCCAAGUUCACCUUGAAGGCAGGCCAGCUGGUUACGGUGAGUAGCUGCGAGCCUCGUGCAAAGCAGAAGUGCAUAAUUCCCCGGACGGGGCCAGCGACUGCGUGAGGAGGAGGAUGGGUGGAUGUGGCGCAGCCCCCUGAACCUCCUCCAGUAUGCACUGUUGUAUGUUGGCAUCUCCCUUGUUGACUUCUCUUCUUCCUCUCUGUCCCCACUUAAGAUCUGGGCCUCUGGUGCCGGGGUGACCCACAACCCUCCUAGUGAUAUGGUGUGGAAAAACCAGAGCUCAUGGGGAACUGGAGACAGCUUGCGCACCGCUCUUCUCACCUCUACUGGAGAGGUAAGGCACCCUGUGGUGGAUGGUUGGGGCCGCUAUUCCUCAGUGAGGCCAGAGCUGUUGCUGUUCAAAGCCCAGGACUCCAUUACAUUGUCCUUUGCUUACAGCUCUCACGUUACCCUCUUCCUCCUGUUACGUCUGUGAAUUUAUUGGGGUGGGGGGCAACCUUUUUCAUCCAAAGGACGCAUUUCCUCAUGGGGUGAGCAGAGCAAACAAAAUGGGUGGAGCCACUGGUGUGACACAUUCCUCUGUACAGUUGGCUAGGUUAAACAACCACAUGCACAUCUCCCCCCCAUCCUCCUCAUAUCCUUAUCAGGGAUCCAUUCCUGCCAGGCAAAAGAGAGCCAGUGUGGUGUAGUGGUUAAGAGCGGUGGACUCGUAAUCUGGUGAACCGGGUUCGCGUCUCCGCUCCUCCACAUACAGCUGCUGGGUGACCUUGGGCUAGUCACACUUCUCUCUGAAGUCUCUCAGCCCCACUCACCUCACAGAGUGUUUGUUGUGGGGAGGAAGGGAAAGGAGAAUGUUAGCUGCUUUGAGACUCCUUAGGGUAGUGAGAAAGUGGGAUAUCAAAUCCAAAUUCUUCUUCUUCUUCUUCUUCUUCUUCUUCUUCUUCUUCUUCUUCUUCUUCUUCUUCUCAGAGUGUGGGUGGUGAGUAUGGCCUGGAGUGCCCCACCUCUUAAUUUAAAUUAUAGGAUACUGCUCUGGUCACUUCAACACCAUCUAUCUAGAGCAGGUGGCUUCCCCCAAAGAAUUAUGGGAACUGUAAUUUGUGAAGGGUGCUGGGAACUGUCUAUUAGCUAUAGUUCCCAGUGUGGAUGUGACUCCUCUGUUGACUGUUACAUGCCCAUUUUUAAAAAGAGGUUUAAGAGACGGUGACAAUUUAACUGCUCCCAAACCCCUCUUCCCAGUACCAAGACCAGGUUAUUGUCCUCUCUGUCCGCCUGACAGGGCCUCUUUGACAUAAAGCCCAGUUGAAAGAUCAAAGUGCCAGCAACUCACCUGACAUCCUUUCUUUCUUCCCCCUCCACAGGAAGUGGCCAUGCGGAAGCUGGUGCGCACCGUGAUUGUCAAUGACGACGAUGAAGAUGAUGAGGAUGAAGAUGGGCGCCACCACCACCACCACCAUGUGAGUUUUCUGGGGUUCUCUGCUAGCAGGGGGAGCGGCUGCAGAGCAGGCAUGACUUACCCUCUCACUGAAGGCUUCCAUGCGCUACUGCAAUGCUCCUAAUAAAGGAGGGCAUUAAAAGCCCACGGAAGCACGAUAGGAUGCUGCUCUUGCCUGGGGCCUCUCCCCCCGUCUCUUCCUGUAUUUCAGCACAUCCCUGUACUCUGUAUUAGCUUGGUCUGUCCUGAUUCCUGUGCUCCUUUGAUUUGGUCUAUAAUUUUUGUUAGCUUUCUCUCUUACCCCAAAGUACAAAAGAAAAACAGCAAACCAUAGGCAAACAUGGUUUUUUGCACAAUAGCCCACCAACAAGAUGAAUACAGUGCUGAAACAGGCAUUUCUCCUAUAUUUCAUAGUAUGACAUGUACAUUAAUUCGGUACAAAUCGUGGGGGGAUAUUACCAGGUGCUGAACCACAUUCUCCGCUUUCCUUGCAGGUUUGAAACCCAUAUUUUAAACUGAAGAUCCCUGGUCCAAGACUGUAUUUCAGUCAGUUACACCCAAUGCUGUGGAGACUGACCUUCCAAUCUCUUGUCUAUUAGUCAAUAAAGUAAAAUCAAACUGAGAAAAUAGAAAUGAAUCCUGUUUACACUGUCCUCUCAUUAAUUUUAACUUAUGAGACAAUUUCUGUAAUAGGAAAAGUUGCUAAACUUCUACAACCAACAAUUUUAGAGCCCCAUUUUAAAACAGCUGCAUUGGUUGCCAGUUCGUUGCUAGGCCCAAUUCAAGGUGCUCAUGUUAGCACUGAAAGCCCUAAAUAACUUAGGUCCCAGAUACCUGGAAGACCACCUCCUUCCUUACAGACCCUCUCUGGUGUUAAAAUCAGAUGAGUUGGGCCCUCUUGCUAGUUCCACAUCCCCCAGAAGUUUGGUGGUGUCCCCAGAGAGGGCCUUUUUUGUGGCAGCCCCUGAGUUUGCAUGUUCAAAGUUUGCUCCCACCAGAGUUUAGAAAUGUUUGCAUCGCAACCAUGAGCUUGGUUAGCUCUUCUUUGCUGUGCAUAAGGAACACAAGCAAACUCAGGGAUGGCCUCGCCUUGCACCCCAGAGAUCAAUUUGUUUAAAGUCUAAACUUAUUCUUAAUUUCACCCCCAAGACUAUACAUAAAUUUAGGGCCAAAUUUCAUGAUUUUAACUAAACCAAUUUGAAAUGCCCAUUCCACACAGUCAAGCAUCUGAAAGAUGCUAAGGAUGUUUCUGCUUACUACUACUACUAACAAUAAUACUUAUUAAUACUUAAUAUUAUUAAUUUCCAAAAGGAGACCAAACUGGGAUAAAGCCAGUUUGGUCCACAUGGAUGUAAUCACCUGUAAUUCAUUUUAAGCAACUGUCAAGGACAGAAGCGAAACUCUUAUAGUGUCUUUGCUGGGGGGGGGGGUGACAUUUGGCAUACUGCCUGCCUGCAACUCCCAAGCCUACCCCGGGGGAAGGGGGGGAGCUGCGGCGCUUUGCCGGCGGCAUUCCCCCCACCCACCCCUUCAUUUUUACAGGUGGGGGAGGCUUGGGAGUGGCGGGCGGGCAGCACACCGAAUGUCCGACAUGGGCGGCUCACUCCGGCACCCAAGCGGCUAUUCCGUGCCUAGGAGGGCACCCGCUCCGCCCCACCCCCCUCGGAAGCGCAUCUGCCCUGGGCAGUGCGGGCAUAUGCUCUGCCGCUGCAGCCACCCACAGCCAAUGCAGAAUUGAACCCUCCCCUCCCCUCCAUCAGCUGAUAUCACAUUGCUCUCAGUUGAUGGACAGGUAAUUGAGGUAUAGGGGAAUUGGCCUCUUUGGCCAAAUUAGACCCCCUGGUGGACCAGAUGUUCUCCACCCUUUUAUUUCCUCCCGUAUAUCACCUUCCUGCUUCUAAAGGAUUGCUAAAAAGAUAUUAAUUUGCAUACUUUUUUUAAUAUUCCCUUUCAAAUCUCCCCAUCCAUAAGGUUAAUUCCUCCUCUGAAAAGCUUUCUAAACAUCUGCUGCAAAAUUUUCAAUUGCACACUGUUAGGCACAUACGCAGAUCCCAAAUCAUAACCUAGUGCAUGGCUUUUGCUUUUUCCCUUCAGAAGAAUAAAUAAAACAUCCGUUGCUAUCCUUCAAAACUUUUUUCCGGCUUCUAAUCGAAAGUUUCGGUGAUUCUGUCUCUGCGUUGGAGAUGGGGAAGCUGUGGCACUCCCGACAGUGGACUGCAACCACCAUCCUGCCUGGAGCCGAGCGUCUCAGCAGCCCCAGGCAGGCCGAUUGGUUCCCCAUCCCUGUUCUCUGUGUGGUUCAGCUUCUGAUCUUCCUCCUCCUCUAGAGCCACUGCAGCGGCUCUGGCGACCCAGGCGAGUACAACCUGCGUUCCCGCACUGUGCUUUGCGGCACCUGCGGGCAGCCGGCAGACAAGGGGGCCAGUACCACCAACGCUGCGACCAGCACCCUGUCCUCUGGCUCUUCCUCUUCCAGCCUCACCAUCACACGCAGCUACCGUACCGGAGGCAGCAGCCUUGGGGAGAACCUGCUCCCCCGGACCUACAUCCUGGGCAAUUCCAGCCCACGCCAGCAGGUCAGUGGGUUGAGCUUUUGGGGGCCAGAAUUUAGGGGAAAUCAGCAGGGAGGGAGUCCCAUCAUUAACUGUAGCAUCUGUUGUGGCACUGUCAACUGUUAAUGUCUGGAGACCCUUGAAAACACACAAGGCCAAGUGUGAAAUAACAUUUCCCAAAUGCUUCCAGCAAGGCCCUAGCAGAACAGCAAAAAAAGAGUAAGCAUUGGGCACAGCCCAACUCGGUGUGGACCCAUGGAAGUUAACAGGCAUGGCUCUCUUAGGCCCAUCAAUUUCUCUGAGUAGAACCUAGUUCGCUACAACCCUACAUGUCUAUUAUCACUGCGGAGAAUUCGUCUAACUUUAAAAAGGCCUCACAAGGCUUUCCCCAAACGACAGAUGCUGUCCAUUUGCAUUUCUCUAUAUGAAUGAAAUCGGUCAGUUUUGCCAUGAAUGCUUCUACCAUGUUUCUGCACCUGUUUGUUAAACGAUGGUGGAUUAAGACUGUUGGAGGCGACUGAAAUGUGGCAGCUGUUUUAACAAACCAGAUCAGGUUGCUUGAGGUGCACAGAAAUUCCCAAGUGAUGUACACAGGGGACUCAGUGAUAGUGAAAAUGACUAGAUUGGGGAGAAAGUUGGUUCACCUUUUUAUAUAAACCCACCUAAUUCAGAGUUUGGGGGGGCAAAUUUGAUACACAACUACCCUUUGAAAUUUGUGUUUGAUUUAAUCUUGCAAUUGACAACCCAAAAAAUGUUUACAAAGCUGUGUAUAUAUGGGAAAGGUGGGAGCAGUGUGGUGCAGUGCUUAGUGUUGAACGAGGACCUGGGAGACCAGAGUUAAAAUCUUCCCCUGGCUGUGUGACUUUGGGCCAGUCACUGCCUCUCAGCCAAACCUGUCCAAAAGGGUUGUUGUGGGGAUUAAACGAGGAAGGAGAGAACCAUGUACAGCACUUUUAGCUCCUUGGAGAGAACGGUGGGAUAUAAAUGCAAUAAAUAAUACAUAAAAUGCCACUGUUAAUGCAAAUAAAAUUAAAAUUAUAUUAAGGAGAAUUGCUUGCCAAGUGUGGAUUUUAGGGGAAAUUCCAUACAAAAGAAUGUAUCAAGAGAAACGCUUAUCAGUUUCUUUGUGGUUACUAUAAAGAAAGAAAACUGAUGUCCAAAUGUGGACAACUAAAUUUAAUAUUUGAAAAAUAAAAUCUGGAACUGACGGAUUUGUCCGUCCCUAAGAAUAAUGCAGGGUCGGACUUAACUGAGCUGCCCACUGUCUUCCAGAAACUCUCAAUCUUAUUGCAACACCACGAAGUACAGGCACCAUCAGCUUUAGGCUUCAAGCACUUUCAGCAUCUAUCUCAACUUCUAUGAAUUUUUGCUAAAGAAAAAGGGAUUUGAUGCAGGCAAUAAAAAUAUUGUAUUGACUAAACAGUGAAACUUCUUGACCUCUUGCAAGAAUAAAGGACCAGGCAUGAUUUGUAAUAACCAUUGGGUUAUUUCAGGGCAAUGAGGGAGAGUCCAACUUUCUCCCUGUGGUGUUGGAAUUCCAUGUCUCUCCUCAGUCACCUUCUGAACUAUAAAAAUCCCCCAAAUUCUUUGUCCUUUCCUUGGAGGGGAAGGUGCUGAACCUGCAGGAGAACAUUGGCUAAGUCAUCACGAUUUCUUUCCUCAGAAUUUUGACUGAGCCUAUAUGUAUAUUUUAAUGUAUGGUUUUUUUGUGGGCGGAGGUUUGAGUUCCCUUUGUUUAAAAAAGCUUCUAAUUAGUUUAAAUUUUAUUAAUAAAAAUCUUUCUCUGUGUGUGUCUCCCUCCAGGGCCCUCAAAACUGCAGCAUCAUGUAA